CACAAUGUAUUGUGUUUUCAAUAUGGCUUCCUACAUAGCUGGUUGAGUUUAGCACGCAAAUAAAUAAAACACUGUUUCAUGUAACUGCUCGAAGGCAGUAUUUCGGACAAGAGAAUGAAACUGUUGCGUGUUACGGCGAAAUACGCCCAUAGUCGUCGUGUUUUAAAAAGUUACGGUCGUUACCUGGGUUCGUCCUGUGUCGACUUGACAGCUCCGGGGGACGCGGCGCUGAUAGUCGGGUCAAGCCGGGAGAUAGUGCGAAGGCUCGGGUCACAGGUGGAGGUGAGGACGGGCUUCAUCACCCAGGAGGAGGAGGACGCUCUUCUGCGGGAACUGGAACCUGGUUUGAAGAAGAAACGCUACGAAUUUAAUCAUUGGGAUGACGCCAUUCAUGGAUACAGAGAAACCGAGCGUGUGACGUGGGGGACAGAAUGUCAGAAUAUCUUGAAUCGGGUCCGGUCUGGCGCGUUUGCGGCUGGUAGCUCUCUCCUCGGACCUGUACACGUCCUCGAUCUGGACAAGACCGGCUACAUCAAACCUCACAUUGACAGUGUCAAAUUCUGUGGCAGCACCAUCACUGGGUUGAGUCUGCUGUCAGAUUGUGUCAUGCGCCUGGUCAAAGGAGACACUCCCAGUGAGUGGCUGGACCUGCUGCUGCCCCGACGCUCCCUCUAUAUUCUCAGGGACCAGGCCAGGUAUGACUUCACUCACGAGAUCCUUAAAGAUGAAGAGUCAGUGUUUAACGGAGAGAAAGUGCCUCGACAGCGCAGAAUUUCUGUUAUUUGUCGAAACCUUCCGGGAUAAAAGCAACAAUAACUCACCUAAAUAAUUUGUUGAAACUGGUGUAUCAGCACUUUUUAUUAAUUUAUGGACAUCUGAGAACAUAGCCAGUUCCAUAUUAUUGAAGGUAUCAGUCAAUAUUUUCAUGAAUCAUGAACAGAUUCCUUUUCAAUUAAUAAAAGGGGUCAUAUUAUGAUUUUUUCUAAAUAUAAAACACUUCCUUGUGGUCUACAUAACAUGUAAUGGUGGUUCUUUGGUCAAAAUGUUGCAUAAAUUAUGUUUUAGAGACCGUUUUCAAGCGGCUUUUUGAUUGUGUCUUCAGGAUGUGUCUUAUUUACGUGCCUCCACUUCGACAGUGUCAUCUCCCCCGCCAUAUAUGUUGUAGUUUUUAGCGAUUCCAUUCAGAGUAAUGACAGAUUAAGCUCAAACAAUAUGCUACUUUGUCUUAGAAUUGGUACGAGCCAGUCUGCCCCACAACUUAGACUUAGACAAACUUUAUUGAUCCACAAGGGAAAUUGUGGAUAGAGGAUAGAGAAAAAUAAGGAACUUAUUGACUACAUUGUCAGACGACAAUGCCAACCUCCGGCUAAGAUCUUCGGUUAAAUCUAUCCCAUGUGUGCAGAUAUCAGCUGAUGUCAAAACUGGAAAAAAAAAAAUCUCACCUAUGCGGGCAGCACAAUUCCCAGGCUCGGGGUCUUUGUGUGGAGUUUGCAUGUUCUCCCCCUGACUGCGUGGGUUCUCUACGGGUACUCCAGCUUCCUCCCACCUCCAAAGACGUCCACCAUCUUUGGCAUACCACUAGUGGUGCACGUACCACAGUUUGAGAAUUUCUGCACUAGAAAAUGCAAUUUCAGUAGAAAUUGCAUGUGAACGCUUAAAAGACGUAACAAAAAUGCUAACAGUUGGCACAUUAGCCAGAUAGCAUCAAGUAACAAAGUAUGACUUCUGUGCCAAUACCUGCAAAAUGAGCAAAACAACAGCUAGCACAAUAAUAAUAGAUUUACUACCGGUACUUAAAGGUUUUGGAAAAAAUGGAUACACUAACUAAAAGUUGAACAUAUUUCACUUUAGAGCAUACUUGCAAAGUUGGUAUGCGUGAAGUAAAUAUUUGAAGUUUAUACCUGCAAAAUUAGCUAAAAAGCUAGAAUAUUAACGUUAACAUGCUAACAGUUAACAUGCAUCAAUUGAUGUAUUUGAUUGAGGCCUAUACCAGCAACAAUUAGUUUAGAAGCUAGCAUGCUAUCUAUACUGAACAAAAUAUUACUGUAUUUUUCGGACUAUAAGUCGCAGUUAUACGACUUUUACUCAGGAGUGACUUAUGUGUGAAAUUAUUAACACAUUACCGUAAAAUAUCAAAUAUUAUUUAGCUCAUUCACGUAAGAGACUAGACGUAUAAGAUGUCAUGGGAUUUAGCGAUUAGGAGUGACAGAUUGUUUGGUAAACGUAUAGCAUGUUCUAUAUGUUUAUAGUUAUUUAAAUGACUCUUACCAUAAUAUGUUACGUUAACAUACCAGGCACGUUCUCAGUUGGUUAUUUAUGCCUCAUAUAACGUACACUUAUUCAGCCUGUUGUUCACUAUUCUU